AUGGCUGCUGUUAGCUUUAACGAAAGUUUAGCCUCGGGACCUGGAGACGAAGGGGCCCUUGUGGUUGAAAUUCGAGAUCGACUCACUGAAGCCACAAUCAAGUGUUCAGAACGAUGUCUCUAUCAGUCAGCGAAGUGGGCAGCAGAACUACUGAACUCAUUGCCGGAUGUUGUAGACCAUGAUUCACCAAUGCUUGGGAGCGAUGCUCCUACCUCAUCUUAUCGCAUGUUGUCAACAAGCUACGACGAUCCACAAGAGGCUGCACUAGAAGCAAGAGAAGCUGGCAAAUAUCUACUGGCCAAAUCAUUGUUUGACACGAAGGAAUUCGACAGAUGUGCUUCCGUCUUCCUGCCGCCAGCAGUCCCAGCAGGAGGACUAGCCAUCUUCGAAAAGUCCAAGACUCGAACACCUACCUCCACCCCAUCCAAGACCAGAAGGUCAAAGCCGUCGGAAACACACUCGAUCCCUCGCUUGAGUCAGAAGUCUCUUUUCCUUGCCCUUUAUGCUCGAUAUUUGGCAGGUGAGAAGCGGAAGGAAGAGGAGGGAGAGAUGAUACUGGGACCAACAGAUGGAGGAAUGAGCUCGAACAGAGAACUCUCUGGGUUAGCAAAAACGUUGGAUGAGUACUUCCGAGCAAGAGAUGCUGCAGAUCCGCAGAUCAAAAGAGCUCAAGGCUGGCUAGAAUAUCUCUAUGGUCUAAUAUUGGCUCGGUCGAAGCAGGAAGAACUCGCACAGGAAUGGCUCCUCCGUGCCGUCCGGCUGAACCCCUACCAUUGGGGUGCGUGGGAAGAGCUUUCUCAUCUACUGUCCUCUGUCGACGAUCUAAAUGCGCAAUUGAGUGCUUCCAUUCUCCCUCAGAACGUCAUGACCUUGAUGUACCAGAUACAUGCCUCAAUCGACCUCUUUUCGACUACAGACUCGAAUACGACUAUUACAACACUACAGUCUUUACUGGAAAUCUUUCCUACCUCCAACUUCUUGCUAACACAGCAAGCUUUAUUUUACUACCACUCGAAAGAUUUCGAAACUUCGUCUUCAAUUUUCCAGGAGCUUCUCGUCAAUGAUCCGUAUCGUCUGGACGGCCUUGACCACUAUUCGAACAUCUUGUAUGUAAUGACAGAUCGGCCGAAGCUCGCCUUUCUGGCUCACCUCGCCACAAGUGUUGACAAAUUUCGACCUGAAACAUGCUGCGUUGUUGGCAAUUACUACUCAUUAUGCUCACACCACGAGAAGGCAGUCAUGUACUUCCGCAGAGCUCUCACUCUUGAUCGAUCGUUCUUGUCAGCUUGGACGUUGAUGGGCCACGAGUACAUCGAACUCAAGAAUACACAUGCUGCGAUCGAGUCAUAUCGCAGAGCCGUAGAUGCCAAUCGGAAGGACUAUCGAGCUUGGUAUGGACUUGGUCAGGCAUACGAAGUGCUCGACAUGGGCUUUUACGCCCUAUUCUAUUAUCAACGAGCAGCAGGUCUGCGACCUUACGAUGCCAAGAUGUGGCAGGCUGUUGGUUCGUGUUAUGCAAAGAUGAACAGAGUCGAGCAGGCGAUCAAAGCUCUCAAACGUGCACUUGCUGCUGGUACAUACUACGAGACCGAUUCGCCUGCACAUUCGUUCAACACAUCGACGAGUGGUAAAGGCAAAGGCUCCCAAGCUCGACGGAUCACAGGACAUAAACUGCUUGAUCCCGAGACUCUGUUCCAUCUUGCUCAGCUAUACGAACGUAUACCGAAUGAGAUGGAAGCGGCACGUUACAUGGAGCUGUGUCUAGCGCAAGAGACGGGCCAAACAAGUGUUGCUCCUACAAGAACGAAGACACGAAAGGGAGUGCAUAGACAGAAUCUUACGUCGCCAUCCGACCCUCCAAGUGCUAGCCAGCAUUUUGAAGGGGAUGGCGACGGUGAUACUGAAGUUCUGUCUUCACCCUCGUCUGCAGCUUCCGAUGCUACCGAAGAGGUGUCACCUGAGCACAACACCAUUGACGAACAGCCGGGAUCGAAUACUGGCUUCGGCACAGGAACCACAGCCACGACUUCACGUGCUCGGCUGUGGCUCGCGCGAUAUGCAUUCAAGAACAACGACUUAGACCGAGCAGAGCUCUUAGCAGAAGAGUUGUGUAUGGAUGGAUUUGAGGUCGAGGAGGCGAAAGGCCUCGUGCGGGAAGUAAGAGGUAGGCGUGACGCAGCAGGCUGA